UGUUACGCCGCCCCUGUGGCUUUAAAAGAACCCACAGGGAAGCCACGCGGUUUGGCAGCUGCGGCUUCCCUGCGAAGGAAAAAAUGCCACCGCCAGCCCAGACAACAUGGAAGGUAUGUACCAGACCAUAAUUUCCAAGUAGAUGUGCACCUGCCAAGCAUUAUGCUCUGGCCCCGCAUGCAAAAUCCCAGCCAAUGUAGGUUUUACCUUCUCCUUGAAGUACCUUGGUACUGUAUCAUGUUUGUGCCUCAAUCUUCCUUCCUUCCAGUGGAGUACCCAGACGCCUUGCAAUGCCUGAAUGUCCCCAUUUUGUCAGCAUCCACCUGCCAUGCUUCUUACCCCGGGCGCAUCACUUCCAACAUGUUCUGCGCCGGCUACACCGAGGGAGGCAAAGACUCCUGCCAGGGAGACUCCGGAGGACCAUUGGUGUGUAACGGAAAACUGACUGGCGUUGUGUCCUGGGGGGCCGGAUGUGCCCAGAAAAGUUACCCCGGAGUGUACACUCCAGUGUGCAACUACAAGGCCUGGAUCGAAGAAGUGCUGGCCAACAACUGAGAUCGCCUUCAGGGUUCACUUUUAAGGGGGAAACCCAUGCCCUCUUUUCCAGGAGAGAGGGGCAUUUCCUUGGCCUUCUUCGGAAAGAAGCAAACCUUCCAUUGAAAAUAAAGAAAGGGGCACAGAUAACACCCA